AUGGAUAUCGAUCACAGUACUACUUGUGAUGUAACCCCGGCCGCAGAGGAAGGUCAUAACAAUCCUCUUACACCUCAACGACUCCCUUUCCGCUGUCUCACUCCAAUCGGAGCCAAUGCCUCACCCACUUUAUCGGAGGGCUUCAUUAGAGAAUAUCUCUCUCCGGGUACCAUCUAUACUCCUGGUCUGAGGUAUAGCAACACUCCGAUUACAAGAGAGAACUCCCCGGCGUUGGCAGCGGUGUCCGCUGGGGUCGGUUCCUCGUUAUGUGUUGAAGUACCUGGCACUUCCGAAAGACCGCAGCCUCCUUCCUGCUGGCCCUCCCCAGCUGAAGGGGAGACAUCAUCUACUUGGCGAUUGCGCUGGGUCAAUGAUUUUGUUCCGCAUAUAAUCUAUAAAUCCAGUUCUCAGAGGCAGACUUCGGAUGCCAUAGGAACCCUUCAACCGAUGAAGCACGAAUUCCUUACUGAAGAAGUCUCUUUUAAUGAUGGCGCACCGGGCCCGCGUACACCUGAUAGGCAUGCUCGCUCUCGGUGGCUUACUCCAGCGGAGGGGAAUGCCUCACCUACAUUGCGAGAAAGUUUCCCUAGGGAAACUGACGACAUUAUGAGCAUGAGUGACGAUGACCUUCCGGGUUCCGUUAAAGGACUUUGCACUUCCGAGGGGAAAGAUAACGGUUGGGAACCAGCUGAAAUACUCCAGCUCGGUCCAAUUGAAGUAGAGACCUCAAGAGCAUUUGGAGAUAACUCCACAAGGGAUGUAGAUAUUUCGCAUGCUCGUGUACCUGAGGGACGGAAGGGAGGCCGGAUGACUGAUGAGGAGUUCUUCCGCUUUGAUACCCCUGGCCCUGGGUACCGGAUUGCACGUCUUCAUGCUCCACCGUCAGCCGUUCCCAGCGGUUCCAUCAUCAACAAUCACACGACUAUCAUGCAUCAUCACUGUGAAUCAGUCGACGCGGUUGAUCAUUCACCCUCACCCUCCGUUACUCGCGGUCGUCGCAACUCCCGCGCUGGAUCUUUGGAGAUUGAACUAUGCAACCAGGGACACGUCACUGACGCUAAUUUAUGUUCACAGGAUGAACAUACUACAAUCUCAGCUGUGGGAGCCAUCAAGAAGGAAAUUACAACUUCUCCUGUAGAGGAGAAUCAUGUUCAAACUUUGGUCCACGAGAGUGCUCACCAGCCUGCUCAUUGGACACCAACACCGCAAUGGAUUAGCCACAUCCCUGGCACCGACAUCGUCAUUCAGCGGGGUCCUCGUGGUGUUUCUGGAACGGAGACCUCCCCUACCAGAACACGUCGUAACAGAACCACUGCACGAAGAUCGCGGCCUUUCAACCGUCUAAGGGACCGUACAGCGGGUCAUGGCCAUCUUGAUACAACAGCCUUUGAUUCUGCGGGUCCUUUGAGUGCCAUUACCACUCGUCGUCGGAUGGUCACCUCUCCUACUAAACGUCGUCAAGUUGCUGGACGUGGUCAUAUCACUCAUGCUGAUUCUGGCGUUUCGAAAACUGAUGACAUUCCGGAGGAGGACGAUGAUGAAGAUGGUCCUGAGGAUGAACUUGACUGCAACGAGAACAAUCUCCAUGAUCUGAAGCAUUGA